AUGACGGAACUCAAGACGCCAGAGACUAUAGCUUCUUCUCAAUUUCCAGUUGGCAUGGAAAUCCUACACGACGGUCCCAACGCAGUUGCCGACAUUUGUUUUGUGCACGGCGUGACUGGAGGUCGUAAAAGUGCAUGGACAACCCAUCAACAGUCAGAACCAUGGAUCAAGGCAAUACUUCCUUCUCACCUCGACAAAAUUCGCAUUCUUAGUUUUGGUUACGAUCCAUUCCAUGGGUACUUUCAGGAUUCAAGACACUUGCACAACCAUGCUGCCGAUCUUCUCGCCGAUAUCGUGGAGUACCGCCGCCAGGCACCGUUGCGUCCCCUGAUUUUCAUAACACAUUGCAUCGGUGGUCUUGUCUGUCAGGAAGCCAUCAACAUAUCCCAUGCGAGUCACGACGAACACAGCGCAAACGUCUAUUUUGCCCUGAGGGGCAUCGUUUCUCUUAGUAUGCCCUAUCUUGACAAGUAUCGGAAAGCACAGUGGGAGCCAAAAGGAGUUACCCGCCUUAUCCAGAAUGAGCACUCACGAGAUGAUGGAUUCGACUACAACUUGUUACGUGCCAACUUUUUCCGAGCGAUGAAAUAUCGCCCCAAGACUAGCACACCAGUCAACAUAACGUUUUUGUUCACUGUGGUCGAUAAUGAAGGCCUCCCACCUGUCGCAUCCGAGAUGUUCGCGGUUGGUUACCACGUCAAUUUUGAGUUUGUCCCUUUGAGGGCCAAACAUGUAGACAUGGUCAAGAUUAGUUCUGCAGAAGACAAAUGCUUCAGAUCAAUCGUUGAGAGGUUGAAUGAGUGGACAGUCCGGAUAGACAAGAAUCAGUCAAGUUUCAACACUACACAAAGUACCGACUACACUCCAAACCGCCAUCUUCGUCGCCAGCCCGAACGGGACCAUACCAUCAAGCAAUAUGAGCUACAGUCAAUCAUUCCGCAAGCUUCAUACAAGAUGAUCAGCUCAUCAUGA